UGGAAGUAAACGCAAAUGUUAGGUUAUCCUUCGUUUACCGCGUGCAGUAGCGAAAAUAAUCGUGAGUUUUGCAGCAAUGGCAAUUUCUAGUGGAAAACGGAAAAGAGUUUCAAAAAAGACAAAAUUCGCAUGGCGAAAACACAGCAAUGUAGCGGACAUACAGGAAUUUUUACAAGAUAAAUGGGACGAGGAAAGAUUGGGAGCCCCUCUGGAAACUGUACCUAGUGAUGAAAUAUUUGUUCUUGAUACAACAUCUAAGCAGGCCCAAACCUCCCAAACUUUAUCACGCCAGCAACGUAAAAUAAACGCCUCUCGGCCGCUUAAAGGGUUUUCGGCAUUACAGCCUCAUACCCAAGUGCCUGACCCAAUCAAAAAGAGAAACCGUGUGAAAACGCCAGAGGAGAGGAAAAGUGCCCUAGUUAAAGUCGCUUUACAAAACAACAUACAGAACGGAGUAUUUCCCUACAAGUAUGUAAAUGCUCUUGAGGAAAGAAGGCUUUACGAACUUAAAAAGGAAAAGAAAGAAAAAAGGGGAGAAUUUCUGAAGGACAUCUGGUCAAAGAACCAGAAUCAUUCAAUUCAGAGUGACCCAUGGGCAAACCCUGUCACAAAGGUUCAUAACUUAAGGAAUACAGGUAUCCCUGUUAAGAAAAUAGCCAAUGAUCUGCAAAAGAAGAAAAGCCUUCUACCUGCAGUUGAACCACCCCAUCCAGGCAUGUCAUACAACCCGUCCUUUAAGGAUCAUCAAGACCUACUCAGAACAGUAGCCGAAGACGAAAACAAAAUUAUCAAAGAAGAAAAACACAUAAUAAGGGUAACAAAAGAUAUGUUCAGGAAGAUUUCCAGUACGGAAAAGACAAAUGAAUGGAUUGUCGAAAUGUCCGAAGGUAUGCUAUCUAAUUCCAACGAAGAAAUUGUAGACACUAAAGUCAAAGCAGAAUCGGAUGACGAUGAAGGCCUAAUAUCGUCUGGCAUUAGCGUAAACCCGCCAGUUCAAAACAAAAAGAAGAGUGUUCAACAAAGGCGGAAACAGCGCGAGCAGCUUGAUCUGGAGAACCAAAAAAGGGCGCUAAAACGGGAAAAAAAGAAAAUUGGUGAUAUUCACAAAAUCAAAGUUCUGCAAAAGGACCUUCAGCUGGCUGAGAAAAGGCAGGCAAAGUUGCGUGAACUGAGGAAAAUUAAUAUCGAGAAAAACAAGUUGAAACCGAAAAUGUUAAGUGCUACCAAAUUUGAGGAUCUUGGACCAGAUUUUCAGAUGGGACAGGACAUUUCCGGAAAUUUGAGAGCCGUUAAAAAAGAAGGUAGUUUGCUUUUGGAUCGCUUCAAAAGUCUCCAAAAGAGAAACAUCCUGGAGCCGUCUAAAAAGGCACACACCAAGAAGCCUAAAGUGAAGAAGUAUACAAAGCCCGGAUUCAAAGAAGACUGGGAAAAAACUGUUGCUAGGAAAGGCGCCAUAACAAAGGGCAAAUAAUAGUUCCAUUAUGUGUAAUUUGGUGAUAUAUUAUAAAGCGGUAAUUCCAA